AUGUCCAUGCCUCGUAUCGCCACCAGCAUCGUCGGCCACGCACGCACAGCCGGCGUCGCAACUGCUCGCCGCGCCGCCACCGCCGCACGGCCGGCUUGCCGCCAUCAGUCGACUUUCAGCCACUCGAGCACCUCCCGAGCUGCUGGACCGCCAAGGCCUCUGGCUGUCUCCACGGCUGCCGUUGCACUCGGCAUCGCUGCUGCUUGCUACUACUCCACCCUCUCCGGUCCCAUCGAGCUCGAAGCGGCCUCGGACAUCAAGACGGCCGCCAGCCUCCCAUCGCUCUCCAGCCCGGAUUCGCACCUCGUCAUCGACCCAGACACCAACCAGGCACUCCCCCUCUACCUGCCCACGCCUGCCUCGUCUCUACCCGCGGGGACAGGUAAGCUCAGGCUAGUCGGCCUGGGCGUACGCACCGUCUCGUUCCUGCGCGUCCGCGUCUACGUGGCCGCAUUCUACGUCGACGAGAACCGACUGCAGCAGGUCGCGGCCCAGGGCGGCUUCCGAGGAGACGCCGACAGCAUCGAAAAGCAGGUCCAGAAGCUCAUCGAUCAGGGAGCACCGUGCGCCAUCCGCAUCGUGCCGGUGCGGUCGACCGACUUCGCGCACCUGCGCGAUGGCUUCGUCCGCGCGCUCCAAGGCCGACUCAAGAAGGCGAUCAAGGAGUCGACGAUCCCAUCGGGCACGGCCGCCGAGGAGACCUUCUCGCGGGGCAUCUCCGAGGUCAAGGAGGCGUUCCCGCGCGGAUCGGUGCCAAAGGGGUCGGCGCUCGACCUGGUCCUCGUCCCCACCGGCAAGGGUGCCAGCCUGAACUUUGAGUACGACGGCAAGGUGUUUGGCUCGGUCCGGGCUGGAGAGGCCGAAAAGGGAUUCACGGUGGCGCGAGAGCUCGCAUUGGCCUACUUUAGCGAAAAGGGCGAGAUCAGCACGCCGUUGAAGAAGUCGGUCGAGGAAGGCAUGUCAAAGGCUGUGGGUGCUUGA